UCUUUUCAUUUGUGGCAACCCUGUUCAAGAAGUAAAAAAUAGUAAAUAAAAAUAAUGUUUUGGUCAACGGAACAGGUCGAGGGCAUGCUCAACGUGCUCAAGACCUCCACAGACCGUACGGUAAUCUACAAAUGUUUGGUUAAGCUGCGAACUGAUUUGGUGAAGGACAAAACUGGCAUUGAGUUAUUUCGCACUUCAGGUGGUAUUCCAGUGAUGGUGCGCCUGAUAACAAAGCUGAAUGAGAAAAUAAUGGAAGUAGUUCUCAGUAUAUUGGGAAAUUGCUGUACAGACGAGCUGUCAUGUAUCGAGGCCGUGGAGUUGAAAGUUAUUUCCCCAUUGUUGACCAUUUUGAAAACCAUUCCCAACCCUGUGAUCCAAUGCCGAGCCUGCCGUAUGUUGGGGAACUUGGCCAAAAGCAAGAAGGCGGCUCAGUACCUACAAGUGCAUUAUGCGGCCAUUGCCCCCGCCAUCUGCCACAUUAUCGAAUCAACCAGCGCCGUGCAGACCCGCAUCAUGGCAUUCCGCGUCUGCCGCUUCCUGCUGGUCAGCAGCCAGUUUCUCAAAAAUUUUCUCAUGGCCAACGGGUUUAUGCAGCUAAUGCAGAUAUUUGUGUCCGUGAUGAAAAACGAUGAGGUGCCCAAGGAGCCCAUACCGGACAUUGAGGUAGCAACGCUGAUUGGCCUCAAACGAAACCAGCACCGAGAGAAGUACUUUGAGGAGGUGGCCCGCAACCUGGAGGGAGUGCGUAGCGACAUAUUCGAUUACCAAAUGCUGAAGAACUCAAAGCGGAAUUGUGACUAUGCCAUUCCCAAGGAGAACCCCUCUGCCUUGGAGCUGGCCCAUGAGAUUUUAAAAUGUCUGGUGCUGAUAUCCGCACAGAAGAUUGACAUGAAGGCCUGGGAGUCGAUUUCUCGUAACACUUCACUGGCAACUAUAGUGUGCUUCGUCAAGGAGGACAGUGACCAGCGAGCGGCAGCAUUAAAGAUCCUUUCCAAUUUCUGCAAGGAUCCUUGCGCCUUCUAUAUGCUAAGCACCGCAGAUGCUAUUGUGGCUGCCUGUGAGAUGCUUAUGGCGGUUAACAUGGCAAAGCCCCUCACUGAAAGCGAGGUCCGGCAUUGCAUCAAUAUUAUAUCCACCCUGUCCACAGAUGCCUGUAGCCGCUCCAAGAUCAGACGAUGUGGAGCUUUGCGUAAGCUGGUGGCUUUAAUACGGGACUCGAAUUCUCAAAGCGAGCGAUCUUCGCUCUUUCAUAUUCUUAUUAACUUCCAAUAUGACAACCUAAGCAUGGAACUGUUGCUGUACGAAGGCCUUGUGCCCAUGUUGGUGCGGGAACUGAACGAUUACCUGACCAGCGACGAUGAACACCACAAGCGUCGCCGAGAGGAGAGGUUGCAAGGCGGCAAGAAACGAAAGCUAACAGACCCCACUACGCCAGAGACGCUAAGCAAGUUUUCCAAAACCCACGAGACUUUAGGCUCAGACUUUGACUCGCCCAGCAGUUCGCCUCGAUCAUACCGCACCACAAGUCCCUGUAGCUCCCGCAGCAUGUCACCCAUCUGCAAGGAUCUGCUGAGCAACGACGACGAUGACAACUACUCACCUGCCUGCAGUGACGAUGACGAUGAUGAUGAUGACACCACCAAUGGCAUAAACAAUUUCGAUACUAAAGAUCGUCGCAUAGCCGCCAAUCGGGCUCAAGCCUCCAACGUCUUGGAUAUAUUAAAGCUAAUCGACGAAGGCAGCGAACCCAUCGAAGACACUCUCUCCGACAAGGAAGACUUCGAUGAGCUUAGCUCCGACGUGCCGCCUAAAUUGGGACAGUUCCGAAACGAGGCUGGUGAUACCAUUGACAUUAUAGAGAAUCUUAUAUAUCGCAUCACGCUGAUGGUGAAUAAGCGAGUGGAGCUAGGAAAGCCAGAGACGCUAGACACGCUCAUUAGAGCUAUUAACUUAUUUGGAGCCAACAAUAAUUUUUCCAACGCCCUGACGAAUAUACUUCUGGAGAGCCAAUUUUUUGCCCAGAUCAUUAAGCACGGCGUGGUUCAUCAGCUUUAUCAACUUACAAAAGUGGAGGAUAUGCGCAAGGACGGCUUUGCCUUUCUGGAGACACUCACCAACGUCGGUGAGUCGAACUACGGCAAAGAGGAGCUGGUACGACUGCUGCGGUGUGACGAUAUCAACGCCCAACAGCGGGCAGCCAUCUCGGUGGCCCACAUCAUCAAAAGCCAUCGUCUUUUGUACCAAUUUCUUUAUGACGGCAACGCCCUGACCCUUCUGUUUGAUCUGUUGCUGCGCAAAAAGAGUGAGGAUCGCUAUGCCGACGAAGCUGCGGAUGCAGUAACUGCCAUGUCUCGCUACACCUUGCGAAUCGGAUUGCCUGAGAUAGAGGUUGAGGAGAGCACCAAUGGGAUUUGUUCACAACAGCUGAAUGAUUCAGCGCCCAUGCAUGAACAAUGCGAUAUGCGAUUCUUGGUCGGUGGGGGUGAAAAUAUCCUCGAAAUAGGGUUCAACAAGCAGCUGCUUUGCGACUCCAGUGAGGUGUUCAACAAGAUGCUGAACAGCGACUUUCGGGAGGGGCACGAUGGCGAGAUUCAGUUACACGACUACUCGGCCAGCGGCCUGCGUUACUUUCUGCAUUUAAUUGGUUGCCACAAACGGCACUUAACCGAGACAAACUACCCCGCUCUGCUGCAGGCCUUCGAAAUGUCGCGGGUUUACAUAAUACCCGAGAUGGAGACUGCCUUGCAGGAGCGCCUUAUUCAGUUCCUGGACGCCCAGAACUGUUUGCGUCUACUGGAGUGGUCGCUUAAGAAUUACCACUCAGAGCUGACAGAGACCGCAAUAUGCUACUACCUCAGCUCCGCACUGCCAGCCCAGGAGAAGCAGUUACUCUUCCGCACCGCCGAGGACUCCGUCUAUGCCAGCGAGUGGUUCCAGUUGCUCAACGACACUGUCUUCGAACGGUGCCGUAGUACUGGCUAUUAAAACCCUACCCCUUCUACACCCCAGUUGCGUUCUGUGAUCGUCUGCCCUUUUAAUUCAAUUUCUUUUUGUUGAGCGUGGUGUCCAUUGCCUGGACUGGUUAGGAUUUAUUUGCCACAACUCUAUCGCGAAGUAUUCCAAUGUGCUACAAUGUAAAUGUUAAUAAAAUAGACUACGUAAUUACCUAA